AACGGAAACGUCAUCCUCUCGCGUUGUGUUUCACUCGCCGUCCGGUUGUGGCAAAACUAUUCGUCAGCUAUUUUCCAGCAAAAAACGCAUCAAUUCCAACCGCAAACAUGGUGCAUUACGUGAAAAUGGAGGACGGCAAGGUGAUGCCGAUCCAGGAAAUGCUGAAAAGCAUCGAACGAUACAACCCGGAACAUCUGAAAGUGAUCGAAGCGUACGUCGAGGAGCAGGCCCGGGAAAACCAGUACGAUCUGGAGGCCAACCUCGCCUGCCUGAAGCUGUACCAGUUCAAUCCGCACCUGCUCAACCUGGACAUUACGUACAUCAUCCUGCUGAAGGCGCUUACCAACUUCCCGCACACCGACUUCGUGCUGUGCAAGUGUUUGCUGCUGCCCGCCCAGAUGAACGACGAAACGGUGAAGGAAAUCAUCUACCUGGCGGACAUACUGGAAAAGUGUGACUUUUCGCUGUUCUGGUCGCGGCUCGCCAAGCACCCGGAGAACUAUCAGAAGAUCAGCGGCUUCCACGAUUCGAUCCGCAAGUUCGUGUGUCACGUCGUCGGCAUCACGUUCCAGACGAUCGAGCGCGGCUACCUGAUGCAGCUGCUCGGCAACGUGGAGGAGAAGGUGCUGCUGUCCUGGCUGAAGCGGUACGGCUGGAAGGAGGAGGGCGGACUGGUCACGAUCGCCACCCAGGAGGACAACAUCAAGACGAAGCACAUUACCGAGAAGAUCGAGUUCGACAAUCUGGCACCGCUGAUGGCCAACUGCCUGUAAGCGUUGGUGGGAAGAUGGGCGAAAGUGUAAGCCAGCUCUCGGGUGAAUGAGAAAUAAAUUACAAACACGGUGGUACCACACUUCUA